CGAGGAAGUUAAUCAUAACAUUUGAACAGAACUGUGUUGUAGGAAAAAUGUUAUAAGAUUAAGUGACUUUGUGAUAUAAUGUGAAAUCAGCUCAAACUCCCGUCACCUCUGACACAAUAUGGGGAUCUUUCAGAGGUUCGCAAGACUUCCUCUAAAGCCCUUAUGUAUCUGGUCACUGUGCCCACAGUACAGCACUGCUUUCACAGUAGGCAGAGGUCUGAUAGUGCGCUCCAGCCAGCUGAUUCAGCAUCGCUAUGUGCACAGCAGAGGGUUGGGAGCCAGUCCAGGCAACCUGGGUGCUGCCCCACCACGGUUACCCUUCUCCAGGGUCACACAGGAAGACCUUGCCUUCUUUAAAACACUGCUGCCUGAAAGGACCAUCACUGAUCCAGACCUGCUGAAGUCCUGCAAUGUAGACUGGCUUAAGACAGUGGAAGGCAAUAGUGAAGUACUCCUGAGACCCAAAACAACAGAAGAGGUCUCUCAGAUUCUUAGGUACUGUAAUGAGCGGAAUCUGGCGGUGUGUCCGCAGGGAGGAAACACGGGUCUGGUGGGAGGAAGCGUCCCUGUUUUUGAUGAGAUCAUCCUUUCCACUUCUUUAAUGAACCAAGUCAUCACAUUCGACAAUAUCUCAGGUAUCCUCACUUGUCAGGCAGGCUGUGUGUUGGAGAACCUAUCUAACUAUCUAGAAGAAAGAGACUUCAUCAUGCCGCUGGAUCUAGGGGCGAAGGGAAGCUGUCAUAUUGGAGGAAAUGUGUCCACUAAUGCAGGUGGUCUCAGACUGCUGCGCUACGGGUCGCUCCGUGGGACAGUUCUGGGCCUGGAAGUGGUUUUGGCAGAUGGGCGGGUUUUAAACUGCCUGGCCACACUUCGCAAGGACAACACUGGUUAUGACCUCAAGCAGCUUUUCAUUGGCUCAGAAGGGACAUUAGGAGUUAUUACUGCAGUUUCCAUCCUGUGCCCCCGCAAGCCUAGAGCUGUCAAUGUAGCGUUUUUAGGGUGCUCCAGCUUCCAGCAACUGCUGGAAACAUUUCAGUGUUGUAGAGGGAUGCUGGGAGAGAUCCUGUCUGCUUUUGAGUUUUUAGAUGCCUCCUGUAUGAGCCUCCUGAAGAAGCAUCUGAAACUCACCAACCCCAUCACAGAAAGUCCUUUUUACAUUGUUAUCGAGACUGCUGGAUCCAAUGCAGCCCAUGAUGAAGAAAAACUCCAUAACUUCCUUGAAGAGGUCAUGUCAUCAUCUAUAGUGACCGAUGGGACAGUUGCGACAGAGGCAACAAAAAUCAAGGCAUUGUGGUCUUUGAGGGAGAGAAUCACCGAAGCUCUGACACAUGAAGGGUACACCUACAAAUAUGACAUUUCCCUCCCGGUGGAGAAGAUCUACGAUUUAGUCCAAGACAUGAGGGGGCACCUUGGAGGCAUGGCCAAGAAUGUUGUGGGCUAUGGACAUGUUGGUGAUGGAAAUCUUCAUCUAAACAUCACUUCCCCGUCUAAAGACCCCGUUCUACUGGCUGCCAUUGAGCCGUAUGUAUAUGAGUGGACGUCUGAAUGGAAAGGCAGCAUCAGUGCCGAGCAUGGGCUUGGUCUGAAGAAGAGAAACUACAUUUACUACAGUAAACCCUCAGAGGCAGUUGCCCUCAUGGGCAGCAUUAAAGCCAUGCUGGAUCCCAAAGGCAUUCUCAAUCCGUACAAAACACUGCCAGACCACAUACACUAAUAGUCUCAUGGUGUUCAUGAUUUAUAUGAAAAAUCAGGCUGAUUUUAUUUUGCCACAGUGUUAUUGUAAUACUAUCAUUGAACUGAAUGAACUGUAAUAGAUCAGACCCAAAGUAUUUCAUUUAUUCACUCUUGUGAUUUAGAAGUCGUGCUUAAAACUACACUGUCUAUCAUAAAACUGCAAGUUACUUGCGGAGGAAUACUGUUUUGGAAAUUGUGAGUUGUGCUAAGGCUCUACUGACGUUACAUUGUCCGGACGAAUCUGAUAGUUGCGAUCAGUGGCAGUGCAAAUGAAAAUGAAUGAAUGAAAACUAACAUCAACUUUCCCAAUAACAAAAACGGAUAUUCAAAAAAUAUACUUUGUGAGCAGGUAAGCAGCUUAUAUGCCGUCGUUGUACUAACUUGCUGAAAUUAGUUGUUUUGAAAUAACAUUACAAAAACCACCUUACGCUGACAUUAGCCAAAAGAAUAUGUUAUCAUGAUGCGUCAUCAAUUAGUCAUAUUGUCGGCACUGACUUAAACAAUGUACUGAAUGGAACGAAACGCAUAUUUUGCUGAUUAUUGCUGCUGAAAAUGGUCAGUUAUUGUCACAUUUUGGGCUAUACUAAUUGGUCGGACCUGGUUAAUCAUUUGGAGUACUAUAGACUGCUAAAAGUUAUAACAAAUCAAGGAAAAGUGUAAAAACCUCUCUAUGGAACAAAAGGGAUUUGUGGUUGGCCAAACUGAACCAGUAUUUCCAGGGCAAGAAUCUUGAAAACAUUAUUGUGUUUUCUUAUCCUUUCCAGUCUGGUAGGUGAAAUAAUUUAAUAUUAGGGGUGUGACGAGACGAGACACGAGAUUGGGUUCACAAGAACGAGACGAGACGAGAUUUUUAAACUUUUCUUAAGAAAUCCUCAAUGAUGACAUAUAUAUUGAAAAAAGUCUUUUAUUCAACUGAAAAUGACAAAAUGCAAAAAAAUUAAGGUGCAUUUUGAACUUCAAUUUUAAUGAAUAAUAUGCAGUAAUAAACAACAUUUAAACAAGAGCUUCAUGAUUCUGGAUAAGUUGAGAAUCCUAGUUGUUUUUUAUAAAUUGGAAACCAUGAUUCUCUCACGAUUCUGGAGAAAAAAAGAUUAGAAAACUAAACAAAAUAACAUAAUUUACUAGUGGUUCUGACAAACUGUUCAUUGCUUAAGUCUUUUAAAUACAUAUAUUCAUUUAAACAAAAACAUUCAAUGAAGGAGUCAGUGUCUCACUUCAUUAAGACUUGUUUGACUAUUGGAAUCUCCUGAAUGAAUGAUUCAAUGACAUGUUUAAAACGGGCAGUUGUCGCCACCUGCUGGCAGAAGAGGAUAAGCGUUACAAUAGAUACACGUGUUAAAAUACUUUCGUUUUGAUCGCUACUGUGGACAAUAAGUGUUUAUACCCAAACUAUAAACUUUUAUCCCAGUACUUCUAUUAUUUAAAUGUCUGUAACACAGAAAUAAUGAUUAUAAUGUGGUUGAAAAGACUGUUAGUGUUGCUUUUUCUGCGUUCACAUUUACCCCGACCCUCUGAUUCAUUAAUAUGGGCAGCGACAAAACCUGCUUCUCACACUCCACUGACACUAGCGAUGUGAAACAGUCCUAAUAGACACAGGUAAAUCGUUGUCAUUCAGGAAUAAGAUGGCGUGGGUGUUUGAAUCGACACCUGGAUAUUUUAAGGAUUAAUAGUGUAAACAGGGCAAAAUAUGUUGGGAGGAUACUGACUGGUCUCGCGAGACACAUCGGAUCUCGUCACAUCCUUAUUUAAUAUGUUUUAAAUAAUACUUCUCAUACAUAUCCUUACCCCCUGUUAACUUUAGUUUGUCAAAAUAGUGCCCUUUCCUGCUUACAAAGUCCUUCUCUAUAUGAUUAAGCACAUUUUUUGAUGUGGGUUAGACAGCAUAAAUUAGCAGAACAACAUAGUUCAAUAGUAUAUUUACCCGGGCAAUCAAUGCUGUUUUUUUUACAUCUGAGUAUCUCUAAUAUGGCCGCGCAUCCAGCUAACGGACCAAACAAUGGCGUAA